AUGGACAAUGCUAAGAUCCUCAUCGGAAACUCUACUAACACCGGCAGCAGUGACUCUCACGUGUGUAAAACCAUAGAAGACUUCAAAUUAGGCGAGAAGAAUUACUUUGAAUGUGAUGAAGCAGUGUUGGGGCGAUACGUCUAUGUGUCUUAUCCACGAGGAGAACAUGUAGUUCUGUGUGAAGUGGAGAUCUACGGAAAGCCACAUGGUUCACCCUUUGUGCUGGUCAAAAAGAAAAUGACAUGGGAAAAUGCUCUGUACUACUGCAGGGACAACUACAUGGACCUGGCUUCCAUCACUGAUAAUGAAACCCAGGUUUGGGCUAAGCUGGAGUCUCAGAAAGCUGACACUGAGUUUGUGUGGUUGGGCCUUCACUACACUUGCACCCUGGAUUUCUGGUUCUGGGUCAAUGGUCAUGACUUAAAAUUCGAUAAGUGGGCUCAAGAUGGAAAAAAAGAAGACUGUGGCAUGAGUGCUGUCAUGGACAAAAAUGGGACAUGGUUCACUGGGAAUGACAAUGACAUGUUUAAUUUCAUCUGUGCAAAGUAA